AUGUCCAAGCCUGUCGCUCUCGAAGAUGUUACUGGCGGAAGCCCAAAUGCGACGCACCUUGUUGUUCUAGUUCACGGCCUUUGGGGAAAACCCAGCCAUUUGCGCAACGUCGCCAAAGCACUGCGAGAUGAGCAUUCCGAAGACGAAUUAUAUAUCCUACUUGCGAAGCAAAAUAGCGGCAACUUUACAUACGAUGGUAUCGAACUUGGUGGCGAGCGCGUGUGCGCAGAGAUCGAGGAGGAGUUGCGCAGCAUUGAAGAGAAAGGAGGCAAGAUUACCAAGUUGAGUAUCGCAGGAUAUUCUCUUGGAGGUCUAGUAUCGCGAUAUGCAGUUGGUCUGCUCUAUGCGAAAGGCAUACUUGACGAUCUGGAGUGCAUGAACUUUACUACAUUUGCUUCCCCCCAUCUUGGUGUACGGACACCACUCAAGGGCUGGCUCAACAACAUCUGGAACGUCCUCGGCGCGAGAACGCUAUCCAUGUCUGGUCGCCAACUCUUUACGAUCGACCGCUUUCGCAAAACCAACCGACCUCUUCUUUCAGUGCUCGCCGAUCCCGAUUCCAUCUUUAUGUCUGGUCUGAAGAAAUUCAAGCGUCGAACACUGUACACAAAUAUUGUCAACGACCGAAGUGUAGUGCACUACACAUCUGCUAUUACUAAGAGCGAUCCUUACAAUGAUCUCGAGAACGUUAAACUCAACUAUCUCAAGGGUUAUGAGGGUGUUAUUCUCGACCCCGAUUAUCCCGUGGCCCCCUUUCCAAAGGUCAACGGCCAAGAUUCGUUAUCGUCCGAUUUCGAGGCCAUCAAGAAGUGGGUUAAGGGCAUCCCUUUUAUGGUGACAAUUAGUGUGAUGAUUCCAAUUGGAAUCACGGUAUUCCUGGCCAACGCUGCAGUCCAAACAGUCCGAAGUGCCAAUCGAAUCAAGGCGCACGAGUCAGGAAAGGCUGGCUUCAAGAUCCAGGACUACCGCAUGCCGUUACAAAUCAAGCAUAUUCGGGAAGAGGUGGAAGAGGCCUACGAGGUUCUCAACAGCUCACAAAGGCAACAGUACCUCGAAGGAUCAGAUUCCGAGGAGGAUCUAGCUUACGACGCUGCAGAUCGCAAGAUACUUAAGAAGCAACGCAGAAUGUCAACACCCUCGCAACCUACGCUUGCACUCACUCCUGAUCAAUUUGAGAUGAUUGAGAACUUGGACGCGGCUGACUGGCGCAAGUACCCCGUCCACAUCCAGAAGCACCGACAUAGCCACGCAGCGAUUGUUGUGCGCAUGGAUAAGGAGAGUUUCGCAGACGGUUGGGUGGUUUUAAGGCAUUGGGCUGGAGAUGAAUUUCUGUCUUAA